UCCCGCUCCCUUACUUGGCGGCAAAAGGGAAAAAUUCGGAUUACUAACGCUUACACCCUCUCGAUUUCUCUUCCUCUCUACACACGCAAAUUUUGAAGUAAAUCCGCAGUCGUUUUGUGUCUUUUUAUAGGGCAAUUUCCAUUUCAAUUUCCAUCUUCUUCUUAGAUCUGCUUUCCACUUUGAUUCGCUGGUAGAUACAGAUCGGUGUUUUAAUUAGCUUCUAUAGCAUGGCCAGUUACUAUGACAUCGGUGAUAUAUUAGCUGAAGAAGAGCUUGUCCCUACCGUUUUCCAAUAUGGUGCAAAUGGGGUAGGGCUCUUAGAUUCGAGCGAUGAUGCGGAUAAGGUGGAAGCUGGUUCGAGAGCUGAGCUUCCGUUCUGGCUUGUUCGUGAAUUGUAUUUGAGACAGCUUGUAUCUAUAAGGGUUCCUCCGUGUUUCGAUAGAGAAUCUAAAACAAGAGAAGAAAUAGCAGCUGAUGCUGCCCAUGUGGAUUUAAGAAGCCGGUCUCCUUACUUUUACGAGUUGGGAUGCAAGAUUGCACUGCUAAUCAGAGACAGAACCAUUGGCCCAUUCCUUCUUGUGGCAUUCCAGACCAGAUACAGGGACGUGUUGGUUAAGGCUCAUGCUCUAACACUGACAAUGACCCCCAAAUACUUGACACUUCUAACUAAUGAAGAAAUCAAAUUGUAUGAAGCCGGUCAAUCCUCCAUAGCUGCAUUCAAGAAGUGGCGGAUGGGUGGACCUAGAUUUCAAGUAGCUCCCGUUCUUGGCAGGAAGAGGAAGCUGACUUAGAUUACAUGGAAUUCGAACUCGUUCUUAUGCAUCCAUCAUCUCCAGCAAAACCAGGCAUAUGCAUCGAGAUAUAUCUUGUUGCUGUCAAAUAUAGCAAAGUGAGGUUAAUUUUUAUACUGAUGUUAAUUCAAAAUGUUGUGACAUGAAUGUUUCUAACGAAUUUUGGUUUAAAUGAUUCAAUUAAUUGUGAUGCGUGGUCAUUUUUGAUACAUACUUGAAUAACCUCGAUCAAUCAUUGAUGUAAUUUCAUUUCACAAAUCA